UCUGUGUGGAGAAACCUAGAUAGAUAUUACUUUUUACUGUCAUUUCAUGAUAAAUUGUUUCCUGCUUUAUUUCUGUAUCGAACAGGUUCAAAUAUUUGGUUUAAAACUUUUUUUUUCUACAAUAUCAAGAGUUUUAGCUCGUGUCACCCAUCAUUCGUUUAGCUUGUUGCCAACCUAAUAACCAUGUACACAAUGCUGUCAUAUAAACAACGUAGUAAAGAAGGCUACGAGUUUCCACGGUGGUGCCAUCUGCGGCUAAGCCACGUCAUAUUUUGAGACUCAAACUCUUCAGUUUAUUUUACCAAAAUGAAUAUAUUUCGACUAGUGGGAGAUUUAUCGCAUCUAUUAGCAAUAAUAAUCUUACUGCUGAAAAUAUGGAAGACUCGUUCUUGUGCAGGGAUCUCUGGAAAAUCUCAAAUACUCUUCGCGUUGGUGUACACAACGCGGUACUUGGAUCUCCUGACGUCUUAUAUAUCAGCAUACAACACUGCCAUGAAGAUAUUUUUCAUCGCUGCUUCCUACGCAACAGUUUACUUGAUGUAUGUCAAAUUCAAGGCAACAUAUGACCACAAUCACGACACUUUUCGAAUUGAAUUUCUGCUAAUUCCGGCUGUAGCACUGGCGCUCCUGAUCAACCAUGAAUUUACAGUGUUGGAGGUGCUGUGGACUUUUAGCAUCUACCUUGAAUCAGUGGCAAUCCUACCUCAACUGUUUCUGGUCUCAAAGACUGGUGAGGCAGAAAGCAUAACAUCACAUUACCUGUUUGCUCUGGGAGCUUACAGAGCACUUUACCUAUUGAACUGGAUAUACCGUUACUACACCGAAGAACAUUACGAUCUCAUUGCCAUUGUAGCUGGUAUUGUCCAGACAGUACUAUAUUGUGACUUUUUUUACCUGUAUAUUACCAAAGUUUUAAAAGGAAAGAAACUACAGCUUCCAGCUUAAGGUGCAAAGAACGUAAAGACCUCUGUUUAAAUUGAGGUUGAGCUUGUUUUAUGCCAAAUGUUAGUCAUCUGUGUGGGAUUAGCUGAAAAGAGAUGACGACUUACGAAGAAUAUGAUUGUGAAACACUAGUGUUAAGUGCACAGAAACAUUUCAUUAGUGUCAUGCUGUUUGCAUGAAACUGGAACUGUAAACUUAAAUUCACUUACAUAUAUGCACAUCGUUGGACUCGAGGAUGAAGUUUCAUUAACAUGUAGUUUUGUAACAGAUGUUUGAUAAUUUAAUAUACUUUCAUUUUAGUAGUCUUAUUAUUCUCAAGACUGCAUGUGAAUAUGUGUGAACUUCAUGUUAAGAUUGUGUAUGAAUAUAAAGCAGUUUCAGAAAAAAUACUUCAUGAAAUUAUUUGUAUCUAAGAAGUUACCAUAUGGAAUUCUAUUUCUGUUUGUUAUAAAUAUUACAGUAUAGGAGCCAGUGUGUACAAACAUGUUUUGCUAAACUCAGUGGGGUGAAAACAUUCCUGGUAAAGGUAUCUUAAAUGUGAAGUAAUUCAGAAUAAUUGUCACAGUGGCUGCUAUUCUUUAAUUUAUUUUCUUGUUUACAAAGAAGCUGAUUAAAGAAGCACAUUACAGACAUAGUUUCUAACAUGGUGCAUUUACUGUACAGUAUUUUUAAGUAGUAUGUAUGCUACUUACUUAUACCAUAUACCACUUCUAAGAAAAAAAUGAAUUGCAUGAUUGAGAUUUGCUGUAUGACUGUGGCUGUUUAUUUCAAAGCUGUAAAAAGUUUUAAUGUGUGGUUUAAGUUGUGAUGACUGUUUUUGUACCUCAUGCUGUAAAAAUUGCUGUAUUUUCUAAAAUACAAUUUGACAUCAUAUGAGCCCUGUUAAGUGGUUAAGACAAUAGUAAGAGAAUAUUUACAGAGAUAGUAGAAUUCCACUACAGUAUUCUACUAAUUAAUUUCAAACAGCAGUGCAUAUUUGUAGGAGCAUUUGUCAUCAUAUGGGAAGAGGAACUAAAACAAGUUUUAUGGGUAUUCACGGGGGUUUUUUGGGAAUGGUUUACUUAAUUCAGUGAGAGAAUAAUGGCACUUGGAGAAAAAACUAUAGUACUUAUCAGAUAAGUGUAAUGAUUGUGUCACUAGUAGCAAUUAUAUUUUGUUACUUGUAAUGUUUUUUCAUAGAUGAAUAUCAGGCAUGAAUGGCCAGUUUUUUAAAAAAAAGCCAUAAAUGAAUAGACAGUAUAAAAGAGACAUAAAAUGUGAAUAAGUUGCUCCCACAACAGUGAGCACCUGUUUAACUUGCUUCAUAAUUCUUCCACUAGAAUAGUGUGUUAUGUGGAGAUCUCAGUGAUUAACCAUCCUCCUUACUGAAUAUCUACAUUCAGUUUCUUUUGCCUGUAUUAAAUCUUCAGAAAUGUUUUGGUUCUUUAGUUUUAUUCCUACUGUCUGUGUCAUUACACUAGCAUCAGGUAUUCUUUUCUCUAUUCUUAUACUUGAGAAAUAUGUUUGAUAUUGAGCUUCCUAUAGUGUAAGAUAGUCAGCAGUUAUUGCUAUGCUUUUUGCUUGGAUAUGAACAGUAUCAUACAUAUCACUGUAAUGCAGUUUCUGACAAGGAUGUUCCUUCUUGCCAUCUUUCCAUAAUGGUCAGUGUGAACCAUCAGGUUCUACAUUAUUUCCAGUAUCUUUUGUGUGUUGCAUGUAAGGUUUUUGUAACCAAAUGCCUUUAUCACCAGUAGCGUACUUCCAGGUAUUCUGCCAAGUUGUUGGCUGCAUUCUGUGCACAAAAUGCAAAUAAUAGCUCAGUAGAGCACCAGAAGCACAUUAUUAAUAAGUCAUGCGGAGAACACGAGAGAGAUCACCGUCUAUAUUUGCAUUUGCUGGUUCUUUCUCCCUCCCUAUUUGGAAAAUAUAUUUCACCAAUUGAGUAUCCUCUGCAGAUACUUGCAGCCAGAGAAACAAAAAAAUAGCUUUCUUUUUAAUUUAUUUUUUUCCUUAAUAAUCUUACUAUUGUGAGAACCGAAUUCAUCUUCACUUUUAGCGACAUAACUUCAUCACACACAGUUACUUUUUUAUUUCGCAAAUUUAAGUAGCUGGGAACAGACAAAGGACAAUUUUUGUGUUACGUAAGUUACAAAAAAUAUGCCUUGAACUAAGCACCUGCAAAAUAAUGGAAAUAGUAAGCAAGCACUGGCUACAAAGACCAAAGGAAAUGCAUAUUGUCAUUGUGUCUUCACAACUUGGAAGUAUUUGUGGCAUGUGGAGCCACUUUGGUUAUCCAAAUACAGAUACUUUUGUUAUAUGUAAAACUGGUGGUACUGUUUGCAUCUAUUGCUCUGUUAGCUGUUGUGUGUGAAAUCAAGCUCAUUUGUAUUAAUGAGUCAUUUUACCAGAAGCUACUCAGAGAAAAUGUGUGUACUUAAAUGCUUCAUGAACUUUGUCAUGUGACAUAUGUUUUGGAAUUAAAACUUUAUAUCAAGAUGGAAACACACAUGUACCAUUUUGAAUUAGCAGGAAACUACAGUAUGAGAGACACACACAAAUAACUGUUUGUGCUAAUCAAAGAUUGUGUUCUGAGAGUCAUAUACUGUAAUUUCAUCACAUUCAAACCCGACAUUUUUAAAAAUUAUAGACAUUCUCGGAUCUGAGUGUCAUAGUACAUUUAUUCAGAAACGCUUUCCACAUUUUAUAUGUUUUGUAUUAAUUCUACCAACUUAUUUCACAAUCAUUCAUCAGUUGGAGAUUUAUGCUGUACAUGGCAGUAAUGGCUGCACAGUAGAUACCUGUAUUCAAAGCGUAUGGGUUUAACAAUACAAAUAUUAUCUGCCUCCAAGAAUGUUAGUUCUAAGUAUAAUAUAGAUUCUUUUAACUAUUUAUUGGCUAGUACAGCAGUUUUCUACAAAGUAUUGUCUGGUGCUGCAAUCACUUUUUAAGUUUGAGAUGUGUUAUUUUAAUAUAAUGUAAUGAAAAUGAUUUUGUUUUGUUAUACAACAUUAUUCAAAACUAUUUCCUAAUUUGUUAUAGUAAUUAAAUGUUUAUUAUGUAAUAAAUGCUACAGAUUGCAUUCAAAAUUUCUUUUUAGUGGAAGGAAAUCAUCGUGGUCUGUACAGUUUCAGGCAGUUCUAUUUCAUAACAAAUUAGCUGAGUAACAGAACUUAACCUCUUUCAAAAUUGGCUACCAUUAUAUAGAACUCCUAUAGCAACCAGUGAUGGUCAUAAGGAACUGUUACAUGUUUUUUUAGUUGUGUUACUCCAACUUCAGAAGUAAGAAAGUAUACCAGGCAAGGGCUUUAAUCUGUGGUGUGAUGUGUGAUGCCUUACACGCACACACAGAAAUAGAAUGAAGCAUUGACCUUUACCAUGUUUUGGAAUGUAGGUUGUGGUAACAGUCUGCUCUGAACCAUAAUGAAGGUUUAGUGUAGUUUGGAGGUGACAGUUUGGUUGUAAUUUGGCAAAGACAUGAAUGUGAAUAUGAAAUCUUUAAGUUUAUUAACUUCAAUUAAGUUUAGUGAAAGUAGUAAGUUACUUAAAACUGAAAUGCAGUUGAUGUUAAUUUAAAAAUCAGCCAUGAUAAAUAUCAGAUAGGAAAGUCACUUGCCAUAAGAGCCACAAGAAGAAAAACAAAGAACAUGUAUCCAUAUUUUGCAGUUUCAAUUGAAUACUUUGUUGAGCAUCUAUGAAUACUACACGAGCAAAUGGGAUACAGAAAUUAAAAACUAAUACCUGUGAUUAUUGUAAUAUUGUAUUGAAGCAUGGAGCUAAAAAUAACCAUUGACUGCCAGACAUUUGAAACAGUGUCUUAUUUUUAUGGAGCCAAGAGAAAAAUGGAAAACUUCAGAUAGUGUGAAGAUUUGUCUUGAGAAAACAUAGGAAAGUCACUUGCCAUAAGAGCCACAAGAAGAAAAACAAAGAAAAUGUAUCCAUAUUUUGCAGUUUCAAAUGUGAUGUACUUAGUACACUCUAGGUAUAAAUUAAAAACAGAACAACUGGA